AAAGCGGAGAACCUAAGAAUCUAUAUUUGAAGUUAAAAGAAAAAAUCAAUCGUGAUGAUAUACUUAAAAUCUUUUCCGAUAGAAACUCGGAAAGAAUCAUACAAUCAUAUAGAAGGUCAAUGAAUAUGAAGGAGGAAGUACCGGGACUUGAAGAGGAACUAAUAGAAGAGGUGGCCGAUAAAAUGUUAGGAGAGAAGCUAACGGAUGAUCAUAAGUUUGAUGAUAAUAAUUCAACCAGUAUUUACUGGGAUCCAAAACCAGAGCUAGAAGACCUCAAAGAGUACCACAGCCGUUCUGGCCGACGGAUUUAUAAGGGCGAGCGGACGGUUAUCCAGAAGUACCCCUUCAUGGUCUCCAUACACAUCAUGGGUCGCUUCUGGUGCGGCGGAGUGCUGUAUUGGCAUGAUCUGGUGCUGACGUCCGCGGCUUGUUUGCAACUUAUGCACAACAAUCGAUUCUUCCGGGAAAACCCGCGCGUGCUCCAGGUGCGCAUAGGCAGCAACCACAGCAGGAUCAGCGGAGAACUUGUCGACGCACAAGAGAUGAUUUUUUAA